UCAGACAGAUGUCAUCAGGAAGCUAAAGCAACCGGCUACAGAGAGUUGUGUGUGUGAGACUGAGGAAGAGAAAAACACAGAGAGCACAGCUCUGCAGUACUAAAGAAAGCUUCAGUUGUCUUGCGUAGAAAACUCACAUAUGAAUGGGCCCGCGUGAUUAAAGAAGACUUGAUGGAUAUACUUUACUUGGAUAUUCCUAUGUAUUCAUGAAAUAUGCAUUAACCCUACCUAAAAGUGAGAAGCAUUAACCCAGUGGACACCACAUGAAGAAGCUGUCUGAAACAAAAAGAGGACAGUGACACUGCAGGGCCUCAGGGCAACGGGAGAAACACCUUAGGAUGGGCUGUAUUUGCAGUAGUCGGAAACCUGAUAAAGACACUGCUGAUCACUGGGGGAAAGAGAAUGGGCACAUAGACAAUUCAUUUCCGCUCCGUGGCCCACUUGCUCCCCCAAAUGAUCACAGACUGGGUUCUCCAGACCAUGAUUCAAAUAUAGUGAUUGCUCAGCAUGAUUUCCAGCCAGUUAAUGAACAUGAUUUGGCAUUCCAAAAAGGAGAUAAGCUUACAGUUUUACAAGAAAAGGGGGACUGGUGGCUUGCUAAGUCUUUGGUGAGUGGAAAUGAAGGCUAUAUUCCACGGACCUAUGUGGCCAGACUGGACACACUGGAAGUGGAGAGAUGGUUCUUCAAGAACUUGACCCGAAAAGAUACCGAGCGGCUCCUUCUGGCUCCUGGAAACAAACCUGGAGCUUUUCUAAUCAGAGAGAGUGAGACAACCAAAGGAGCAUUCUCCCUCUCUGUGAGAGACCUGGUAGCGCAACAUGGAGAUGUUGUCAAACACUACAAGAUACGGUCCCUGGACAAUGGAGGCUAUUACAUUUCACCCAAGAUCUCCUUUCCUACAUUGCAAGACCUGGUGAAACAUUACUCGAAAACAGCAGAUGGUCUGUGUCAGCGCCUGACUGCGCCAUGCAAAUCUGUCACACCUCAGAGGCCUUGGGGACAGGAUGAAUGGGAGAUUCCCCGGGAGACCCUCAAGAUGGUGAAGAAACUGGGUGCAGGGCAGUUUGGAGAAGUGUGGAUGGGGUACUACAAGAACAACCAGAAAGUGGCCAUCAAGACGCUGAAGGAAGGCAGCAUGGCUCCUGAAGCUUUUCUGGAAGAGGCCAACUUGAUGAAGGAGCUCCAGCAUGAUAAGCUGGUCCGUCUGUAUGCUGUUGUCACAAAGGAGCCCAUCUUAAUUGUCACAGAGUACAUGGUGAAUGGUAGUCUACUUGACUUCUUAAAAACAGAGGAAGGAAACCGGGUGCAACUUCCCAAACUCAUAGACAUGUCGGCACAGAUUGCAGAAGGGAUGGCAUACAUAGAGAGAAACAACUACAUUCACAGGGAUCUCCGCGCCGCUAACAUUCUGGUUUCUGAAACGCUGAAAUGCAAAAUUGCAGACUUUGGUCUUGCUAGGAUCAUUGAGACCGAAUACACAGCACAGGAAGGUGCUAAAUUUCCCAUCAAAUGGACAGCUCCUGAGGCAAUCAACUAUGGUACUUUUAGCAUCAAAUCCGAUGUGUGGUCCUUUGGGAUUCUCCUCACUGAAAUUGUUACUUACGGGAGAAUACCUUAUCCAGGCAUGACCAACCCAGAGGUUAUAAGGAACCUUGACAGGAACUAUAGAAUGCCCUGCCCAGACCAUUGCCCGUUGGAACUGUAUGACAUUAUGCUGAAAUGCUGGCAGGAAAGACCUGAAGAUAGACCUACGUUUGAAUACUUACAGUGCACCCUUGAGGACUUUUACAUUGCAACAGAAAGACAGUAUGAGCUGCAACCCUAGGAAUGAUGAUAUACAGUACUAACUUCCUGAAACCAAGUUGAAGAUAUCACUGGCAAUCACAUGUGGCCAUUUGGAUACAGUGCCUUUCCAUGAACCUGACUUCAAAAUAUAUUAUUCAAAGAAGUAUUUUGGGGGAAAAUGACUUUACCUAGUACUGCAAGAUAUGCACCUUGACUUGAAAUGCUCUGAGCACAGAAUGAAAGAAGCUUUAGUACCUUCCAGACGUGAAGAACUUUCCUUUUAUUUGGAUUUAAUCUUUUGGUCUGUCUGUGAGAACUCUUCAGAUUUCUUAUCAUUUCUUUUUCAUUAUUUUGGCUUUUGGACAGCCCUUUCUGUAAAUACUGCUUACUGAAUACACAUUGCGUAUGCUUAUACAUUUGAGGGAUAUAUUGUACUUUUGUGUGUUCAUUGACAAGAAAAAAUAUACCGUAAUGAGAAUUUUUUUUUUCAGGAAAACAUUGCUCCCAGCUUUAUUUUUCUGAAACCUGAUCUAAAAUUCAGAAAAUUUGAACCUAUUGAGAACUUUCCUGGCAAACAGCAAAGAAACCUCCUAUGCCGAAGUAACUUAAAUUAAGUAUCUGUGAACUGUGCUUUCUUUAUUUUAGUUAUCAAAAUACAGCCAUUUGCUCGCUUGCUUGCCUGCCAUCUGAAACUGCAGUUUGAACCAGAAACCAACAGGAAGGGAGAACAUUUAUAAACAACCUUAGCUAGUUUGCAUAUUUGUUCUGUGUCAUUCUAAUAUGAUACAAAAUUGUGGCAAAUCAAGAAUAUCAAUAGGUGGCACUCUUGUAUCAUUACAACUAUUCCAUAAUACCAAAAGAUACACAACUGGACCUGAAAAGUCAUCCUGCCUAUAUUUUCUCAGAACUGAAAUUUUGCUAAAAAUCACAUUCAUUUCCCAUCUUAAAAGAUCUGUAAUUAAAUUGUAUUUUUUAAUCAAGUUCAUUUUAAUAAUUGUUUCAGUUAUUAAUUCUUAUUCUGAAUAAAGCAGCAAAUGCGAGCUGUGCAAGAUGCUCGUCUCUCUUCUCUGGAAGGUAGGAAAUAUAAGAAAAAAACCUGUGUGUUGUGGGACCUGUUUGUGUUGUUGAUAAUGUUGUGUGAUAAAUUGACAGAAUGGUGGCAGGAGUUCUAAAGCAAGCUCAGGAUUAAUUUCAUCCCUCAGUUGCAAUUCUAAAUUAUAGCUCAAAUUAAGAGCUUGUGUUAUUUUUGGAGUUUCAUUUUAAUAGAGGCAAUUGAGAGUUAUGUUGUAAGGAUAUUAAUGCUACACAAUUCUUUACAGGCGGCACAGUAUUGUUAUGGUUAGCACUGCUGCCUCACUGAUCCUGGAUCCUGGGUUUGAUCCUGGUCUGGGGUACCUUCGUUGUGCAUUUUGUGUAUUCGCCUUGUUGCUGCAUGGUUUUCUCUGGGUGCUCUGGUGUCCUCCUAUAGUCCAAUGCCAUGUUAUCUAGGUUAAUGGUGUCACUAAAUUUCCAGCAUGUGUUUGUGCCCUGCAGUGGACAGGCAUCCCUUUGAGGAGGUUUCCUGCCUUGUGCCUGUUGUUCACUGGGCUACACUGCACGUCUUUUCAUUCCUGUAUUGAACUAGGUCAUCACUGAACAAGUGUGGACUAUGUGGUAUGGUGUUUGCAGUGCUACUGUACUUCACCGCUCACUAAAGGUUAGGUCUGUCACAUUUGGUGCCGAACCCCUGUAGCAGGCUCUGAGAUUCUGGACUAAGGUGCCUUCAGUGUGUAGUUUAGUGUUUCCCCUGUUUGCAUGUGAAUUUUCUCUAGGUGAUAGUUUCCACCUUCCAAAGACAUGCUGGUUAUAUUGGUUGGUGACUAAAUUUUCCAUGCGUGUGUGUCUGCAGUGAAUCGAUGUCCUUUCAGGGGUGUAGUCCUACCUUCCACUUCUUGGUUCCACUGAGAUUUAGAGACUCACAUUUGCUGUGACCCUUAACAGGAAUUAAGUGGCUUUCUGAUAAAGGAUGAGUGGGAAUAUAUUUACUUAUUUGUGGGAAUUCUGAAACCUCUUUCUCUGAAAGACUGAGUUAAAGGCAUAGACAUAAUCUUUCUUUCUGUUAUGCUGUUUUAUAAAAAUAAAAAAGUAAUGAAAACUAAAGCAAUCAUGGGAAGCUAUAAUAUGUUGUUCCUGUAAAGUAGGUUGGUGCAUUUUAGAUACUCUUUUACAGAAUAUCCCCACAGAUAGCAAUUUGAACUCAUACUGUAACUAUUAUUUAAAACUCUUUCAAUAUCCGCUUUUGGGCUCACUUUCCUGACUACAAAAAGAGAAAUUAUAGAAUUUUGUUUUCCACUUCAUGUGAACCUUUGCUGAAUUUUAAUUUUAAUGCCACUAUGGACAUUACAUUUUCUCUAAUAUAGGUCUGUUAAAUAAAUAUUUCUCUCUGUUGUUAACUGUUUAUUUUUGUUAUGUGGACUUGAAAUAAUGUAUAAAUGUGCAUAUAACUUUAUUGAAAAUAGAUAAUUUAAUAUAAUAUCUUUCCUUAUGAAAAUUGCUUUAGCUUGGGAAUGAUAAAGCCUUAAAAGUCAAUGCAGUUGCCAAUAUGCUGCAGUAUAUAGCUCUUUAAAAAUCCAAAUAAAAUUAUUUUUA